CAGACGUCCCAUCUGGUCAAGAUGCCAACUCCACGAAGCAACCCGAAUUACAACGUUCACUUUUCGGAUGCCAAGAUCAAGUCGAUUGUAUGCAAGAGUCUCGACGAGGUCGAUCCAGGCGAGAUCACCGUUGAAGAAUUGCCUUCAGGAAAGUCGUUCAACAAUCGAAUCUACUAUGUCGACAUCUACACCAAACUGCGUUCCGGUGAAGAAUCACUCGUCGCCUCAGACGCCUCUGACACCGGGGAUGAUGAGCCACUCGAGAGAGUCACAUCGCGAAGAACCCCAGCUACAACCUCCUACGCCCUCAAGGUCAUUGGCCGUGGCUUUGACGCUCGGAAGAUUCAGAACGAGAUCGCCUGCCUUUUGCUCUUGGAGAAAUAUUGCCCGUCCAUGUCGGUUCCCAGAGUCCUUUCUUGGUCGGAGGAUGGAGAGAGAGUUCAAACAAGAAGCGAUCCUCUCGGUUCUGUUUCUCUCGAGGCACAUGAACAUCUGCCAACCCAAGGGCUGAGAAGCUUGUCCAUCUCUGACGCUGACGAUAAGCAAGAUUUGAAGCAAGGAUGGAUGUUACUCAGUCGCGUGCCUGGACGGAUCAUUUACCCAAAAGAUCUCGAGGGGUCUCAAGGCAGAACACUUAUGACACAAGUCGCAAAUUAUGUUGCUGACUGGCGCAAAAACAUGCCUCGAGGGAACGCCGUUGGUAAUGUGGUCCUCAUACCACAGGCUAUGGCUGCUCCACCUGCUGCGACGCUGUAUGUUCGAUCCAUCUUACCUGGUACUGAUGUUUAUAUUCAAGGCCGCCUUACUGGACAUGUGCAACCAUCCCGUCCUUUGACAACUCACUUGGAGUACGUGACUCAUCGAUUGAACUCCGCUCUCCGCAAACUCCACGACUCGGAGAUUUAUGAGUAUAUCCGUCAGCCAAUGGCAAGCGCGGUCCGCCGAUUUAUGACAGAGACUCUUCCACAAUUGGACAUCGCCUUUCCCCCAGAGAGACGCCGCCGGGCCGAAUGCUGGGCAUCCUUCCCUGACGAAGCAGAGGUUGGAGAGAAGCACAUGUUCACACACUACGACCUGUCACCAAGAAAUGUUCUGGUCACCGAAUCCGAUGAUGGCCAACUCAAUGUUUCGGCAAUACUUGACUUGGAGUUUUCAGGCAUGUAUCCGAUCUACGAAGAAUUUGCCAAUACACUUGUCAAUGAUGCUGAUGACUGGCCAAAGCAUUCCUACGAGACCUUCAUGACAGAACUCCGGAAGCUCGACGCUCUACCAGCUGCUCUUGGUCAUGCAGGCUACUGCUGCAAAGGAGUCACAGGCGAGCGAGAAUAUUUGAGCGGGCAGCAAGAGGACGAGAUCAUCCCGUUCGGCGACAUGAUUUUCCACCAAGCCUGUCUUGUCAUGCGCGCUAUCGAAAAUGUCGCCCCUUGGUGGGUCAAGGACUCUUGCAAUUUGACAGCCGAGGAGUUGCAUGCUGAACUUGAUGGAGCUUAUUCGAGAGUUGACCGUGCGAUCAAGACUUUGGAA